AUGUCAUCCGCCAUAUUCUUUUCACACGUCAUUCUUAUAUAUGCCGACAUCCGCAUUCCAUCCACCUGUCCCGAUACCUUCAAUCUUCUCCGCGGUCUUCCCAAUAAACGAGACAGUUCCUACUCGGGAUCUUUGCUGUCGAAGAGAAAACCAGAGCUCGUCGACAUUGCCGCUGCCUUGGGUAUCCCUACAGAUGACGUGCGGGUCUCCGACCUGGUCAAAAACAUCCAGUCUCAGCUGGACACUCGAGAGUCCACGCUGGCUCAAGACCCGAUCUUCAAGGGCCUUUACUUCAAGAAACGCUCGGGCCACGGAAAUGGGAAUGGUAUAGGGAUAGGUACUCCUGAGAGGUCCCAUAGCCCUUCUAUGGCUACCCCUCACACAGAGAUAAAGCGCUCGGUGACAGGGAGUGCCAGGAAAGCUGGUGCCUCCAUCAACAAGGCUCUGGACCGUGUGCAAGAGCUUGUAGAUGCUGCAAACGUACCCCUUCCGGAAAGCCCGUCAAAGGUGGCUGGAGCUGCUCACUCUGCGAACGAGUCUAUCUCUCAUGCUCUGGUCCCUGCCGGAGCCACAAGCGAUAUCAAGACUCAAGUGGCAUCUCUCGUCAAGUACGUCGCACAACUAGGUACCAAGGGCAAGAACGAGGUCAACGUUGCCGUCCGACACGCCCAGGAACUCCUGUCCGUGCCCGAGGUUCUCGCCGGUGCAGGUGUUGGGAUCGAGUUUCUGUUCCUCAUCACACACGUGCUUCAGUUCUAUGACUACACUUACAUCUUUCCUCCUCCAUCUGGUGAAAAGGGGGCCAUAUCGAGCCUUCUUCAGGCGCUGUUCUUCUGGUCCCCUUCUGUCACCUGGACUCUCAGGCUGCCGGAGGGGGGUGGCCUUCUCAGCAGCUAUGUCUGGGGAGCUGUGGCUUGGUGGGCGUGUUCGACCAUUUUGCCGUCCUUCAUUUUGUCCACUGUGGUGUCAUUUGUCCCUCAGAAAGGCAUUCACCGCCACGGGAGCCCACACACUCGUUACUCUGACGCCCACCAGCCCAGAGCGACCCCCGACUAUUUGGUCUUUGUUCUGUCCCGACUCGCCAUCCUUCUCCUCCCCCUCACGAACGCUGCCCCUACCGCUUUGGUCGAUGCUUUGGAGAUGUCUGGUAACCUCCAGGGCCGAGCCCUUGGCGCGGGCUUCUUGGCUGCUCUGAUUUUGGCCCACAGAAUCCGAAGUGCCGCUUGA